AUGCCUCGCAUCAACCCCAAAGACAUUCUUCGAGCCCGUUCAUCAGCCAAUAAAGCUCUGCUCUCACUACUGCCGGUCUGUAGAGACCUGCGCUCGGCCCGCAAUGAAGUCAAGUGGAUGACAGAACACGCUCUCGAUAUCGCACGGCGACUCGAUGGAGCGGAGCCUGUUCAGCAUGCGCACAUUCUCUCCAACUAUGUGCAAAGACGUGCUGGAGGGGAGCCAUUGCAGUACAUUCUCGGCUCGGAGUACUUUGGCGAGCUGGAGAUCAAAUGUCGUCCAGGGGUCUUGAUUCCACGACAAGAAACGGCUGCUUCUGUCACUCAUCUCGCUCGUCUCCUUCAUAAGUCUGCCUCACCUCUGAAAGUCCUUGACCUCUGCACAGGAACUGGGUGCAUCCCGCUCCUCUUCCACAAUGUCUUCUACUCCAGCCGAGCAGCAAAAGGCUCGUCUCCACCUGCACUAGACAUUCUCGGCGUAGACAUAUCCUCAGUAGCUCUGAGUCUAGCACGGGAGAAUCUCGUCCACCAGAUUGCCAGUCAAGCACAAAAGCAAGCCACGUCACAAGAACAGACCCGAUCCCUGCACAGAAUCGGUUUCGUCCAAGCAGACGUAUCCCAGACGGAGAAAUCUCUCCUCCCAGCUCUCGCGCGUGUCUCUCAUCUUGACGAAGAGGAUUUACCUCCUUCAUUCGAUAUCCUGAUAUCAAACCCACCAUACAUCUCCCCCUCAGCCCGACUGCCUCGCUCAGUGCGUCUCUAUGAACCUGAACUGGCGCUCAUUCCGAGCAGUCCAUCAUCUUCCAAACUUGUCAGAGGAGAUGAGUUCUACCCAGCACUCCUCAACGCGGCUGACCUUGUCAAUGCCAAGAUUCUGUUGUUCGAGGUUGGCGAUCUGGAGCAGGCAAAGCGAGUAGCUGGCAUGGCUAUCAGGAAGGGAGCGUGGGACACAGUCGAGAUCUGGCGAGACGAUCCCUCCCAUGAUGCAGAAGAAGUGUUGGAGAUUGCAGGAGAGAGAGUUCAAGUGCGAGGAGAGGGAAAUGGACGGAGCGUGGUCGCAUUUCGAGGAGACGGGAAUGGCUGGAUCGAUAGUUAUUAG